AUGAGGGGAGCAGUCGUCCUCCUUCCCCUCCUCUUCCUCUGCGUCCUCGUUCCGGGAGGCUGGCCUCUGGACAGCAUCGACCGCGUCCUCGCCACUCGGCUCGCCCAGUACCGCGCCCCUCAGGACUUCCGAGCCCUGUUGGACGAUCCGGACAGCCGACUUCUCAGUGAGUUCCUCUGGGGAGACGAAAAGGAGAACCCCAGGCAAGUUUUUUUUUUUCAUCCCUUCUCCUUCACGGGUCAUCUCACCCAAUAUGGCCAUUUCAGUGAAAUGCACUCUCACGCCUCGGCAGGAGAUCCAUGGAAUCCAUGGAAUACCCGCGACGGAGAGAAAACUUUCUCCGAUGAUGACGCAAGAGAUUCCGAAAGCAUGGGGUUGCCAGAGGUAGAGAGACAGAGGAGACCUCGAGCCCGUCACCAUGUUCCUGGAGGCCCAGGCUCUCCAAGAGGGAGCUCUAUGGCGCAGAGCCCCCGGCCGCCGCGACUCCUCGGCUUCCUCUCCAUGCCCUACAUGCAAAAGGUGGAGAAGUCCAGGCAUCAACUUGCCCAUAUCGGUCCCAACCAGUGGGCUCCCCGAGCCACUCAAGCAAGCCCCAGGCCCACCCAGGCCAAAGAUUCCUAUUUCGAGGACUUCUUGGAGACAACUGAUAUUGGGAAGGAGGAAGGAGACUCCGAAGAGGAACUCCUUGAAGAAUUCCUUCAAGGCGAUGACACGCAGUCAAAAUCGGCUGCAGGCACCAUCUGGUCUGACGACACAAGUUUCAGUGAAAUCCCAGAUCCAGUCCCUCCACACAGAGUGAAGUCCCAACCCAUGGAAUCUCAAAUGACAACACAAGCUAUGUGGGACGAAACAACAACUCCAACACCAGCACCAACCAGUGCCAGUACUUCUAGCAUUCCUCUGCCAAGUUCUGAAAUUCAGCCUAUCAGAGAGGUGGAGAAAAAGUUCCUUCAAUCGGUGGCCAAUCGAGCCACAUUUAACAUUCCACGUCUGGAAGACCUCUUCCAAUCUAAUUCUCAAGAAGAUCCAUCGACUUCAACAUCAUCUUCUUCAUCAAUGAUGACAACAACAGUAUUACCCUUCACAGCUAGCACUAAUCCAAUCUUGAUUUCAAAUUCAGCACACAAUGCUCAUCCUCCUUCACUAUGGCGAGAAAGAAAUGCUCAACGGCUGACCAUUGGAGAAAUCCUCCAGAAUGCCCAUGCAAAGACACCUGAGGAGAUCCAUGCAUUAGUUGCUCGUUACACAAAUAUGGAUGGCAGGGAUCUGGAUGAUGACAGAAGCCAGGGGAUUGAUGAUGCAAGCAUUCCAACAACUGAUGACGGACCUGAAACUAGCAAGACACUCGCUACAUCUGAAACCCCCCAUCCACCACAAAAACCAACAGUAGCAAUAGCAUCAACACCAUCACCACCCCCUACAACAACAACCAAAACCACCACCACUACAACAACUUCAACCACAGCAUUUCCACAGAAAGCAAGAGAAAUAUCAAGUGAGAGUCCAAGAGUGCUGGAGCACAAGGAAAGACACUUCAAUAAAGUUGACAGAGAGCGUCAUUCAAUAGGUGAGCUCCUUCGAAAAGCAAAUGCACAGACACCAGAAGAAAUUCGUCGAAUUGUUGAAGAAUACACCCAAAAUCACCCCAAGGAUGAGGAUGAACCCAGUGAGCAAGCUAUCAGGACAUCAAGUGCUACAUCAAGUGCUACAUCAAGUACUACAUCAAGUACUACAUCAACAGAACAAUCUGAUCAGCAACAGGAGAAUGAAAAGUCCUACAUAGGGCUGGUAUGGCCUAGCUCCAAGGAUCAGGGUAGGAGGAAAAUAGAAAAGCCAAUCCAGACUCAUAAUUCCAGACAUGAGCCCACCCAGGAAUCAUCUUUGGAUUUCACCAAAUUCUUUUCGCAGCUAACUUUCAAAGAGGUGCCCCAAAAUCUUCUUCCUUCAACAACCAUUCCUACCACAACCACAAAUUUAAUGACUCAGCAGCAAGCACUUGUAAUUCAAGAUCAAAUGCCUCCAGACAUAGUCAAACACAUGAUUUUCGGACAGGCACAAGAUUUUGCAAUUCAGGAUUCCAUCUCUACAAACAGAGCCAUUUUGACAGAACCAAGUCCUACUCCAUCACCAGAGUCACCAAAAAUAGUGAUGUCCUCUCCCAUGACCAAACAACCUGUGAUGACCUACAAGACCUACAAGCCCCUUCAUGAACAAUAUGUACCCAAUAACCGUGGUCUAAUCACCUCCAGGAUGUUUACAUCCACCACAAGGGCUCCAGUAGAUUCUGCAACAUUUGGAUCAUUUGAUGAACUUCUCACAUUCUUGUCCCCUGAUGUGAUAAAUGAUGACUCUGAGUUGAACUCUCAUGUAUUGGACCCACUCGCAGCCGUGAUCAUCACAGGAGAAGGAGAUCAGGAUCAGUUAUUAGAGGUAGAGGACCCACUAGACUCCACUGUGGAAACCUCAGGUGAAGGAGCAACUCAAAGCGCAAUAAUGGUGAGUUCUGUGAUAGGUGGUGUUGCCAUGGUGUUCUUCGUCUUCCUGUUCUUGGCCUGCAAGUGGCGGCAGCGCAUGCAAACCAGACGAAACCGCUUGCAGGCAUCGGAAGUGGUCCUCCCAUACUCAAUUGUGGCCAUGCGAACACGACGAGAGAACCCCAUCUCACAUCGAAGUGGGCUCUGGACCCUCUUGAGAAAGGGACUCAGUCAUCAGAAUAGUUUUAGGACUGUUAGUGCAGUCAGUGAUAUGUCAUGA